AUGGCAUUGACAGGGAAAGACAAGCUGAUCCCUCAUGCCCUGGAUGGCAUCACCAGCAACAUCUUGGUGCAGGACCUGGCCUUGGCAUGGCCAUUUGCAGAGAUUGCAGCCAAGGCAUGUUUCCCAGACAAGCCAGAGGUGGUGGAGCUGUAUUGCAACCACAUUUUUGUCAACUACAAUUGCCUCUUUGACUCCAAAUACCUGUCAACCAUCAUGAGCAAGCACAGCCUUGCCAUCAUGCACUUUGGGCUGACCAUCAACUUGUGGCAACACAUCCAAACAGCAUGGAAACAAAAACUUGGCUGUGCAGUGGAGGAUGUGAUAGAGAUGGACAGGGAUGACAAUGUGGAAGCCCUGCAGGCAGGCCAUAGUCAGUCUACUGAAAACUAA